ACAAGUUCGCGCACUCGAAUGAUCCGUGGAUAAUAAAUUUUCUUCAUUUACUUCUUAAACUUCCGUUAUCUUAACUUACGAUUACAUUUAUACGAUUUGCAUUAGUUUUCACUUAUUAAUAGAUUUCAUCUGUAUAUGCAUGUGUUUGCUUAUGUAUACCCUAGAUUUGUCAAAAUAUGUAUGUAACCUGGUUGCAAUCGAUGAUACAACUGUGUAACUUCUUCUUAGUUUCGCUGGGUUAAGCAAUGUGUUUAUAUUAUUUUAGUUUAUGCGAUUAAGGUAUGCAAAAUUUAAUCAGCUGUCCGAAACGACAGUAUGUCGUUCCGCAAAGACUUGUUAGUUCAAUAUUUAAAUACAAUUGGAAUAAGUGUGGCACUAGCAAUGCUGUGUUAUCAAAUGUCAGCAAUAAAGUAAAAAGGUUAUAUUUUCCGGCAUCGCAUCGGCUUUACUUAGAUGCCUAUAGAGAAUUCAAUUCGAUACGAUUAUUACUUCACAAAAAUGAACCGAUUAGAAUUUGUUGUUUUCCAUGGAUGGGUGGUACAAGGUAUUUUAGCACAUCUCCGAGAUGGUCGAAUAAAAAUAAAACAGAUGAAAAACCCUCCGACGAACCUUCUAAAGAUCCUAACGAGAAACCCGACAGAGAUCCGAACUUUGCAAUGUUGGCGAACAAAAUGUUGAUUCUAAUGUGUGUUUGUGCACUAUUAUUCUGUGUGUACAAACUUGUUUCGGAGUAUUAUAAGGAUCAUUUUGUUUGGAAUGAUUUCUUAAAUGAGAUGCUUCUGAAAGGAGAAGUUAAAGAAAUUCAGAUCGCUGGGUCUGUAAUAACUGUAUUCUUUCACCCCGGUGCUGUGUAUAAAGGACAUAGAGUGAUAAAUGGAGUAUUUACUGUGGUAGAUUCUAAUUAUGCUAAAAUAAUAGAGGAUAAAAUUAGAGAAGUGGAAAAAAAAAUGGGUAUCUUAGCAGAAAAUGGAAUUCCAAUCAAAUAUGUUCGAAAUGAAACUGAAAGCUCUAUUGCUUCUCUGAUCUUUUUCGGACUGAUCGCUUAUUUCGUAGUACGUUACCUUCGUACUAAAAAAUUUGCAAAUCCAAUAGAUUUUAUUCUACCAAAAACGAAAGCAAAAUAUACGCUGGUAGAACCAUUUUCUAGUAAAGGUGUGCAUUUCAAAGAUGUAGCUGGAUUAAAGGAAGCGAAGACAGAAGUUAUGGAAUUUGUUGAUUAUCUUAAGCAUCCUGAGCGGUAUAAAAAGCUUGGCGCUAAGGUACCGAAAGGAGCGCUGCUAUUAGGACCACCAGGAUGUGGAAAAACGCUUUUAGCUAAAGCAGUUGCAACAGAAUCAAAUGUUCCAUUUUUGUCGAUGAAUGGUUCUGAAUUUAUCGAAAUGUUAGGUGGACUGGGUGCUGCGCGUGUAAGAGAUUUAUUUGCAGAGGCCAAGAAAAGAGCUCCCAGCAUUAUAUACAUAGAUGAAAUAGAUGCAAUCGGUAAAAAACGAUCAGAAGGAAGGAUCACUGAAUUUGGCAAUAAUGAAUCUGAACGAACAUUAAAUCAAUUGUUAGUGGAAAUGGAUGGAAUGACAACAUUGGAAGAUGUUAUUAUUUUAGCGUCAACAAACAGAUCUAGUGUUCUAGAUAAAGCAUUACUAAGACCUGGUAGAUUCGAUAGACACAUUUUAAUCGAUCUUCCUACUCUAGAUGAAAGAAAACAAAUUUUCGAAUAUCAUCUGAAAUCAUUAUCUCUGGAAGGGAAGCCAAAUCAAUAUUCCGGAUAUUUAGCAUAUCUUACACCUGGUUUCACUGGUGCUGAUAUUGCAAACGUCUGCAAUGAAGCAGCAUUACAUGCAGCAAGAUACACAAAAACUUCAGUCAAUGGCAAAGACCUUUUAUAUGCAAUCGAUAGAACAAUAGGCGGUAUUGCUAAGAAAAGCCAGACGCUAACACCCAAUACGAAGAAGGUAGUUGCUUAUCACGAAGCUGGGCACGCCUUGGUGGGUUGGUUAUUGGAACAUACUGAUGCUCUGCUGAAAGUGACCAUAGUACCAAGAACACACAUGAGUUUAGGCUUUGCUCAAUAUACUCCGACAAACCAAGAACUUCAUAGUAAAGAGGAACUAUUUCAAAAGAUAUGUAUGAUGUUGGGUGGUAGAAUUGCAGAACGUUUGAAAUUUAAUGAAAUUUCAACGGGAGCAGAGAACGAUUUAAAGAAAGUAACGAAAAUAGCAUAUUCACAAGUACAGGAAUUUGGUAUGAGUCCUAUAGUAGGUUUAAUUUCUUUUAGUCAAGAAGAAACAAGCACGAAUACUAAAAAGAUGUAUAGCAAAAAAUUGGCAAAUUUAAUGGACGCUGAAGUACGAAGGAUAAUUGGAGAAGCGGUUAAAAUAACGGAGAAGCUGCUAAUGGAUAACGAAGAUAAAUUAAAACUGUUAGCCGAAGAGCUUUUGAAAAAGGAAACAUUAACAUACGAAGAUGUCGAAAAAUUACUAGGACCUCCACCAUAUGGAAAGAAACGACUUGUAGAGCCAGCGGAGUUUCUUGCAGAUACUGCAAGCACGUAAGCUACCUGCGUAGUAUAUAUUAGAGGAGAUAUGUAUAAUUUGUGAAUCCAUUAAAGAAGAAAUGAUUUUAACACACA